AUGAGCACCGCCACUGUGAAUGCGACCGAUUCCAUGCAUUAUAAGAACCUGUCGAAUAUGGAACAGACAGAAGCCGAUGCACAAGGGGCUUGGGAAAAAGAGAUGGAACUUGCGGUACAAGGUCGUGGACGGACACGAAGUCGUUCGAUUCUUGCAGACAAUGAGACUGAAGUAGAAGCAUCAAGUGGUGAUAGAAGACAAAGCACUGGGGUCACGACGACUGACUCGGAGUCAUUGGAUGCUAUUCGGUACACUCGUGCACGUUGUUUUAGCUCUCGUGACGUUAAAGAGAAUGAACAAGAUGUGGCUGUAAAAAGUCGACGACGCAGUUGUUCGUUCUCUGCAUUGCAACAACUUCAUCACGUGUCAAUUGAACAAAAGGACAAGAACGUGGAGAUGAUGGAGAAAGAUGCAGCUAAACGUGCUGCAUCCUUAUCAAAGAUUUAUUUGGCUGGUUCAGCUCCUGUGGAUGUAUCGAAAUUACAAGAUGACAGUAAAAUUGUGGGUGUAAAAAAGGUUGAAGUCUUGCAACCAACUGGUGCAUUAUCUGCAGCAGCAUUGGAUGCUUUAUCAGAAGGAUUACAAUUGUCCGUGGACAAUAGUCCAAUGCCUUUAUCAGGAUAUGGAGGUGUUCAAUUAACAGAAGAACAGUUGGAAGAAAAGAAGAUGGAAGAGGAAGAAGAUUAUAAACUCAAGGUCGAGAAACUAUCGUCCAGGAGGUCAUUGUCCAUGAGAGCAUCAUUGUUUCGAAGCAAGAUGUUUAAAAGCACGUCGAGAUUGCUAGGGAAUUCAGAGGACGGAGCGAAACUAGAGGUAGCCAAGUCGACGGGGUCAAAACCACUACCGACAGAAGAAGGCAUGGACAAGUUGACGUCAGAGAUUGCAGGAGAUGCAACUCCUGUACCACCCAAGAAAAAACACAAGCUCAAGCUUUUGUUGCUAGGAGAUAGCGGUGUUGGUAAAACAAGUCUAAUGCGCGUAUUCUCUGGUGACGAGUUCUCGGAGUCGAUGUUGGCAACUGCUGGUGUGGAUUUCAAACUUCGACAUAUUAGUGUUGCCGAUGAGGCAAUAACUCUUCAAAUCUGGGAUACUGCAGGACAGGAGCGUUUUCAUCGCAUCACCUCCACAUAUUACAAGGGUGCGAACGGCAUUGUACUUGUCUAUGAUGUCAGCGAUCGGCGCAGCUUUGAUAAUGUUGGCUACUGGAUGAACAACAUUCGUCAGUACUCGUCCCCGACGCAGAUGCCGGCAAUGCUUCUUGUAGGAAACAAGAUUGAUUUGCCAAACCGUGUAGUAACAUUGGAAGAAGGUCAAGCAGCUGCAAGCCAGUAUGGCUGCCGAUAUAUUGAAACGAGUGCUAAGACAUCGGAAAACACGAAUGGUGCGCUUGAAACUAUUGCACGCGAUGCUUUCAUGAUCAGUGUUAAUCCUACACUUACCCAACGAAUGGUAAUGGAUCGGGAGAGGACACUGUCUGGUCGACGAAACAAGGAAAAUUGCGUCAUUCAGUAG